AGAAGUCACACACUGAGGAAGAUACCAGUUCGACUUUAAGUGAACGACAAGAUGUACUUCUUAGCUUUAUUUCUUCGCAUCGCGGCGGCACAAGCCAAUGUAGCCCCAAUCCAAGAACCAAUCGAUGGGGGUCUAUACGAAGUCGUGACAUCUUCGCGAAGUGCUCGGCUCAAUUGCGGACACAUCCAGCUGCCAUUCGGAUGCCGAAUCAGCGAUGACUGCUCUGCGAAGACUUGUAAAAUCGGAUUAAUGGGUCUCACCUUUGUUUUCAGCGUCAAAAUCAACAAAUGCGCGAGCCCACUGACAGUUAGGGUCAGCGUCGGGGUCCCCAACUUAGGCAUCAACUUCGGUCACGACUUUCCCACGGAUCAGCUAGUCCCAAUCCCCAACCUUAUCCCCAGUCUCGGACCUCUCCAAUUCGGCGCUGUGUUUGUCAUGGUCAAGAUGCAUAAUAGCGGCUCCAACCUCAACCUCCAGGUACAACUUCAGGCUGGCAUAGUGAUCAACAAUGCUCCUCUUUUCCCCAUCAAGUUCGACUUGUUCAAAGGUCACCUUCACAACAAGACCAACGAAUGCAACGGGGGUCGCUAGCCAGUGUUAAAUGAUUCGCAAGCAAUGCUGAGCAUCAACGCACAAAAUACUUCCACAUGUUAUGAUUGACAAUUAAACUCAUGAUAAUCCU